AAGGGACUGAAGUGAGAGUGGGAGUAAAGUUUGUUUGCGUUUCGUGUUUAGAAAGUAUCAUUAGCCCUUUUUAAAUGACUGAUGAUUAAGUAACAAAUUAUUUCUUGGAAAAAAGGGAAAAGAAGAAUCUUCAAUUUUCUGACUCUCCGAACCAUUCGACGCGAUUGUCUUCGUUCUGGGUAUCUAACCUAUAUUUUCCGAUACCGUUUAAAGCCCUCAAUCGGCAGUUUUGCUUUUGAAACUUCUUAUUUGUGCCUUUUGUAUACAAAUUAAUUUAUGUAGUAUAUAUAACUGACAACAUACCGGAUAACUAACAAGUAAAUCGGAUGCAGAACUCAUGACUAUAUUUGGAGAAAAUAAUUAACAGAUAAAUAUGCCUCAACCUGAUCUCUCCAGAAUUCACUAUAAAAAAUGCAGGUAUCCGUCAUGCAACCUUACAUCUCGGGAUGGUGUUCCUGGUCUUACUUUCCAUGCAUUUCCUGUUCGUCAGUCGGAUCGUUGCAUAAAGUGGUUGGUCAACUGUGGAUUGGAUGAUUGGGUGGAAAUGUCUGAAAAGGAACUUAAGCUGCGCUAUAUUUGUAGCAGGCAUUUCUCUGAAGACAACUUUUACGCCACAGGUCGAUUAAAACGAGAAGCCGUUCCGAUCAUUCUAGGCUUAGAAACUCACAGUAUGAAACAAAAUAAAAAAGGUACAAAAAUGCGCAGAAUAGUUUCAACCGAGGUAGAUCUAUUAAAAAAACAAAUUGAAAAGCUAGAAGCCAAAGUUGAAAAAGAAAGGCAAAAAAAAUUGGAAAUUCGAGCGAAAUUAUGUGCAACGAGAGUUGCGUUGUCUCGAUUGAAAACGAAGCUCACCGAAGGGACUUUUCAAGAUAUUUAUUUAAAUAAGGCUUUGGCGAACAAACUUGAUGGUUUCGUGUUGACUUUCAUACGCAUGCAGCUGUUCCAUAAGCAAUCAACCUCUUACACUACUGAUGAACAACGAUUGUGCAUGAUGAUGCAUUGCAUUUCCCCUGCUCUUUAUUCCAAAAUGCGGGACGAUUUCAAGUUUGUACUUCCAAACGAAAUAACCAUGGUACGAUGGUUUAAUAAACUUAACAUCUCGCCAAAGAAGGCGAACUUGUCAGGAUCUUAUAACUUCGAAAAAAUAGAACAGAUGUUGAAGGAGGAACGUGAAAGCAGAAUAAUCACUUUCCCAAUAGAGGGAGAACACCGGGAAGAUAUUAAAAUUGAUAGGUUAAACCAAUUCCUUGAUAUAGAGGAGUCUGAUGAUGAGGAAAUGGAAGGUUUCAAAGAGGAAGAGGGUUUAGACGGCGAAAAGAUGGAAUAUUCAGAAGAACAGAUGCAACGAUUAACAGAACAGCAUCUUCAAGCAUUAGAGGACGAGGAAGGGCAGAUGGAGGCUUUGGAGGAACAUUUACAAGAAUAUCCAGAGGAGCACCUUGAAGUUUUGGAAGACGAGGUACAGGAAUCGGAUAUCGUUUAUCGGGAAGACACACAGUUGGUGCCUAUCGAAAGAGAGGCCAAAAAUUUAGAAUAUGUUUCUGUAGCUUAUUACGAAAGGAGAGAUGAUGGAGCACUGACGCCUGUGUCUUACCUAAAAGAAAGAGAAGAAGCUAAAGGGUUGACAGAAGUACUUGAUCUGGAGGAUGAGGUUAAUGUUGAAGAGUACAGUAUAGUAGAAGAAAUGGAAGAAAUUGAUGAUGAGUUGGGGGCUUCGCAAUCGACAAUUGAAACCGAGGAAUAUAUUCUUAAUUAACAAAAUUGAUUCGUUUACUGGAAAUCCGAGACAAGUCAAUUUUUAUAUUAUCUUCUAGAAUUCAACUGAGAAUUGACUUGAUCGUUUUUCGAGACAAUGGCUCAAUUUUUGUUAAGUACUGUAUAUUAGAUUAUAACACAAAUGUUUGGACGACUGAGGAUAAUACAGUGAUGUUUUCAUUAAAGUAGAUAGAUAUUUUUUUAAUGCGAUGUCUGAGCGAAUUUUUCAAGGCAGAAAGAAAAUGUUUCUUUCAAUCACUUGAAAAAUAAUAAAUAUAUGCCUGACAUAGA